GGAUAGUCAACUCUGUCAUGCUGGAUAGCCUCUUCUUCUCCGUUGCCAACCAUACUGUCACGGUGGUUGGAACUGACGGUAGCUAUCUAAAACCAUUCGAGAGAAGCUUCAUAUUCAUAACCACAGGCCAGACCGUUGAUGUCCUUCUAGAAGCCAACCAAAGUCCCAAUCACUAUUACAUGGGUGCCAGCGUGUACUCCACUGCUGGGAUUGGUGCUUACAACAACUCCACCACCACAGCUAUUGUAGAAUAUAAUGGAAAUUGCACUCCAUCGUUGCCGCCGGUGCUCCCCGAUCUUCCUAGCCAUAGUGACACAGGAGCAGGCCUUAAUUUUACUGCUAGUCUUCGGAGUUUAGCUGAUAAGGAGCAUCCAAUUGAUGUGCCAAUGGAAAUAAACACACAUUUGUUCUAUACUCUUUCAAUGAACGCUCCAUGCAAAAACCGCUCCUGCCCAGAUGGUAAGAUAAGAACCUUAGCCACUGUGAACAACAUAAGCUUCAUCAAUCCGAGCAUUGAUAUAUUACAAGCUUACUAUUGCUGCAUUCAUGGUGUGUAUGGGACCAAUUUUCCUGAUGUUCCUGAAUUCGUGUUUGACUUCACUGCCGAUUAUUAUCCGAUGGACUGGGAGAUUCCACAACUAGGGACGAAAGUGAAGAUGCUAGAUUACAAUUCCACCGUGGAGCUUGUUUUCCAGGGGACAACCUUGCUAAAAGGUAGUGACCAUCCGAUGCAUCUUCAUGGAUUUCAAUUUUAUGUUGUGGGAUUGGGUAUGUGGAAUUUCGAUAAGGACAAGGAUCCCUUAAUGUACAAUCUCGUGGACCCUCCUCUUCAAAACACCAUUCAUAUUCCCAAAGAUGGGUGGGUGGCCAUAAGAUUCACGGCUAAAAAUCCUGGAGUAUGGUACAUGCAUUGCCAUUUUGAUCGACACAUGGUAUGGGGCAUGGAUAUGGUGUUCAUAGUUAAAGAUGGCGAAUCUCCGGAGGCCAAAAUAAAGAAGGUGAAGCUCCAAUACAUAUCCAAUGAUUCUGCAAGGAAAGCCUCCUUCAAGAAAAGAAAGAAGGGUCUCAUGAAGAAGGCAAGUGAACUCACCACCCUAUGCGGGAUUGAUGCCGGUGCGAUUGUCUAUAGCCCAUAUGACUCUCAACCGGAGAUCUAGCCUUCCCCCGCUAGAGUCCAGCGUGUCUUGUCCCCCAGUUCAAGAAGCUGCCGGAGAUGGAGCAGAGCAAAAAGAUGGUGUGGAGAAAACCACUAAUUUCAAGAAGCUGCCGGAUAUAUAAAAUGUAGGGAUUGAAAUUGAAAUCCAUGAGGUUAAGGGUGAAUUUGAAAUACAUGCAUUUUAAGUCU